ACCAUGUGCCAGUUUAUUGGUUCCUAUUUCUACCACAAACGGAGAAAGAAGAGGCAAAGGAGGGACCAGCCACCAACUCAGGGAGAGAAGAAUCCUGUGACAGGGUUUACAAAAUGGCAGAGUGGGCCGAUGUGGUGUAUGCUGCCAGACGACGAGGGGACGAAACAACAAGGGAGUCUGUUUUCGUUUAUACCAACAGCAAUAACACAAGAGAUUCCUUUGAGGGACCCAACUACCACAUUGCCCCUCGAUGGGUGUACAACCUCGCAACAGCCUGGAUGUUUUUCGUGGUGGUUGCCUCGGUCUUCACCAAUGGCCUGGUGCUGGUGGCCACGGCCAAAUUCAAGAAGCUCCGUCACCCUCUCAACUGGAUUUUGGUCAACCUCGCUAUAGCUGAUCUAGCAGAGACUGUGUUGGCCAGCACCAUCAGCGUGAUCAACCAGAUUUUCGGCUACUUUGUCCUCGGACAUCCCUUGUGUGUCUUUGAGGGCUACACUGUGUCUGUAUGUGGUAUCGCUGGUCUGUGGUCUUUGACUGUCAUCUCUUGGGAGAGAUGGGUGGUCGUCUGCAAACCAUUUGGUAAUGUCAAGUUUGAUGGUAAAUGGGCAGCUGGUGGCAUCAUCUUCUGCUGGGUUUGGGCUGCUGUCUGGUGUGCACCUCCCAUCUUUGGCUGGAGCAGAUAUUGGCCUCACGGUCUGAAGACCUCCUGCGGCCCUGAUGUAUUUGGAGGAAGCGAGGACCCCGGUGUCCAGUCCUACAUGAUUGUCCUAAUGGUCACCUGUUGUAUCUUACCUCUUUCCAUCAUCAUUCUCUGCUACAUUGCCGUGUACUUGGCCAUUCAUGCUGUCGCCCAGCAACAGAAGGAUUCUGAGUCUACACAGAAAGCUGAGAAGGAAGUGUCCAGAAUGGUGGUUGUCAUGAUCAUGGCUUUCUGCCUUUGCUGGGGUCCUUACACUUCCUUCGCCUGCUUUGCAGCUGCAAACCCAGGCUAUGCCUUCCAUCCACUGGCAGCAGCCAUGCCUGCCUACUUUGCUAAGAGCGCCACCAUCUACAACCCCAUCAUUUAUGUCUUCAUGAACCGACAGUUCCGCGUAUGCAUCAUGCAGCUCUUUGGAAAGAAAGUUGAUGACGGAUCUGAAGUUUCCACAUCCAAAACAGAAGUGUCUUCUGUGGCUCCAGCAUAAACCUCAUGUCCUACCGAACAAGAGAAAACGGGUUUCUGUGAACUGGACUUAAUUGAAAUAGUCUUGUACAUAUGUUGCUUAAAAUCUUCUGAAAGAAACUUUUACUGUCCUGGGAUCAUUUAGCAAGACCUACAACAAUUUAUUUGCAAUGCAAUGAUGUUUGAGUGUCACUCAAAUCUUUCAUAAUCUUUCAAUUUCUUAUUUGCAAAUAUGCUGAAAGAUGUAAUAUUCAAAAACAGGUCCAAUGAACAAUGUACAAAUAAUUAUGACAAUUAUUGUUGUUGUCACAGAUCUAUGUUUUGUAGAUGGAUUUGCAAAUGUAA